AAACAGAAGUUAGGAAUUACCGAAUUUAUUCGGUGUUACAAAGCGGUCUUAGAAAAUCGUUCAUUAAAACAGUUUCUACUUUGUUUACUAGCAUCGUUCUACUAUUCAGUCAAUAAUUACGCGGCAAAUAUAGUAUAAGAAUUUUAUGAAUGAACGAUGUUAGUGUAGUUCAAGUUAGGUUAGCAACGCUUUGAGACGCGUGGUUUUGAUUCAAAUGUUAAUCGAAUUAUAAAUAAAAUGACAGCGUCUGAAAAGUCAUCGAAAGAUACGAACUUUGGUUUCGUUCCACUGUUAAUCGCAGGAGGAGUAGCAGGUACUUCUGUCGAUAUAAUAUUAUAUCCAUUAGACACGUUAAAAACACGAUUGCAAUCUAAACAGGGAUUCCUAAAAUCGGGAGGAUUUUCUAAUUUCUAUAAAGGGAUCACUCCUGUAAUUAUUGGUUCUGCGCCAAGUGCUUCUUUAUUUUUUGUAACAUACGAGGGUAUUAAAAAUAUAAUGGAAUACAGAGUAUCUGAAAAGUAUCAUUCUUUUAUUCACAUGGGCUCGGCAUCUGUGGCUGAAAUGGUAGCCUGUUUAAUAAGAGUACCUGUAGAAGUCGUAAAGCAAAGAAAACAAGCUUUGACAUUUGAUAAGAAAGACGUUAGCCUUAGACGAUUGUACCGUGGUUAUUUGAGCACCGUGUUGAGGGACAUGCCUUUUAGUCUUAUACAAUUUCCAGUAUGGGAACGGUUAAAAAGAGUUUGGGGUUCACACACUGAGAGAGAAAUUCUUCCUGUAGAAAGUGCUGUAUGUGGAGCGAUAGCAGGAGGAAUUUCUGCUGCUAUGACUACACCGUUAGACGUGGUAAAAACGAGAAUAAUGCUAUCUCAUAGAAACGAGAGUGUCUCGAAAAUGAAAAUCUUAUAUGUACUGAAAGACGUGUAUAAAGAAAAGGGAUUGUCUGGGCUUUUCGCUGGGGUCAGCCCCAGGGUAAUUUGGAUAACUUUGGGAGGGUUUAUUUUCUUCGGGACUUACGAGAAAGCCAAACAUCUAAUAACGAAGUAUUGCUUAUCUGUACCGAUUGUUAUGAAGCCAGAUACGAAGUAUCAAUAAUAUCUAUAACUGUGCAAAUAAACUUAGUUGAAUCGCAUAAAAGGAACUGUUAAAAAGUAAUUUCAAUAUUAUUU